AUGGUGAUCAAAGACUAUCCCAUUGAUGAUAUCCGUUUGCCCAAGGCACUUUACACAAGGGCGCCAAACGACUUUUGCAAUCCAGAUUUUGCCUAUCUUACCGACUCACCUGAACAGUUAGUUAGUAUGGUGACUCGCCUUUGCUCUACUCCAGCCACUGUUGGACGCGACCCUUCUGAGAAAGGUCAGCAAGACCUUAGCAACAAUCCCCAAACUGGUGAAGCUUUAGGAAGCUCAGGAAAUAUUUUAGUUGGCUCAAUCUAUGGCUUCUCUCUUCCUGGCCGGCCUUUGAUACAAUUUACUCCCACUAAGAACUCCAAGGCUAUCCUCGAGAAACUAAUUCCGCUAGAGCUAGUCAAACAGAAGGCAAUCUCUGAAGCCAAGUAA